GGCAAGUUAUUAAUUGUUGGCUGCACAGAAUAAUUUGCACAGUGCACGCAGUUGUAAGAAAAAGACAACACUAUGCUAUUAAUGUGCAAUACUACGUACACAGGCAUGGCACAAUGUUAAUUUUGGGUUAAACUUGUACAAAGAUUUGAUGCACAAAAACACCGCUGUCCUGCCGGUAAAGUAUUUCUUUCUUUGAUGCCGCUACAGAGACCGAAUUAAUGGAAUGCAAAACGUGCAGCUAUCGUUAGUUCAGUCAAGGUAUUGGAUUCCAUCAUUCCAGAAAAUUGCUGGACAAGAUCGGACAACAAUUUAAUUCAAAUUGAAACCUAAGUUGAUGUACUAGUUGACUGCACUGCCGGUCGGGUUAGUAGCAAAGUAGGCUUUCGACAAAAUGAGCACCGCCGUUACUGCUCGUAACUCCAUCGUGCACCGACCAGCUCUUACUCCUGCGGCUAUAACACUUCUUCGCCAAAUCACCGGAAAAUCGGAAACGGAACUUCAAAACAUUCUCCAUCAAGCUAAGAUCCUUCCCACGUCAGACGAGAAUUACAUAAAAAUCGUGGAAUAUGUUAGGAACGGUCAAGAACACGCGUUUGGAAUUCAGGUCGUCAACAUCAUUCAAAUCGACAGAAACAACGACCCAGAAUUUGGACCCGUUAUUGACGGAAGUUUAACUGCAUCUGAGUUUCGAAUGAUCCUUUGGCACGGGACGAAGAAAAACUUUGUCGGCCCAAUCCUCGAAAACGGAUUCGCUCCACCACCCGACAAGCAGCAAAUGUUCGGCAGGGGCAUAUAUUUCGCCGAUCGCUGCUCCAAAAGUUCGCAAUAUUGUGACGGUACAUCACCCGGAACUGAGGGAUACCUGUUCCUCUGUGACGUGAAAGUGGGCCGGAUGUACAAACCGAAGGGGGCUCAUCGCGAAUACAGGCAAACUCCUCAUCCAAAUUUUGACUCCGUCAAGUGCGUUGGGAAAUUUAUUCCGGAUUGGGAUUCUUGCAAGGAGAUUGACGGGGUGUUGCUUCCUUCGGGGGAAACAAAGGUUAAUACAAGAUUCAAGUCGUUUGCGGUCCAAUAUAAUGAGCACUGUGUAUAUGAACCGGAACGUAUUAAAGCGAAAUACUUGGUUGUAGUUAAGUUUCAAGGACAGAAAUGUUAAUAUGAAAAUUUUUUGACUUUUUAAAAAUACUGAAUUUACAAGCAUUAAUUUAAUUAUAUUUAUUGCUGAAUUGCUUGUAAAUUAUUUUUUAGAAUGCAUAAAUAAAUUGUUGGACGAAA